GAUGAUGAUGAUAACCGGAUAAAAAGGAGAAAUGGAAAGAGAAAAGAAGAAAAAGAUGUUGAAAGGACCACAGUAUCAAUCAAUUUCGUUUUGCUCCUGAAACUCAUCGAGCUCUCAACAAUGGCGACCAUUCCCUCCCACAACCUUCUUCUGCCUAAUCCGAUCAACCAAUCAGCUCACUCUCUUUCCCUCAAGUCACACUUUCCACGCUCUUCUCUUAUCACUUUUCCGGCGAGAUCAUCGCCGGCAAGGGCCAUUUCCAGAACAGACGAGGCUUCAAUAUCCUCAAGGCUCGAGCCGGAAAGCUACGGGAUGACGACGGCGGAGGAUAUUCGCCGACGGGAUAGAGAAGCUAAAGAAUCAAAGAGUUUAAAGGACAGGUGGCGCAAGAUCCAAGGCGAAGAUGAUUGGGCCGGGCUCAUGGAUCCGAUGGACCCAGUUUUGAGAUCCGAGCUAAUCCGGUACGGAGACUUGGCCCAGGCCUGUUACGACGCCUUCGAUUUCGACCCAUUUUCAAGGUACUGUGGAAGCUGCAGAUUCACGCGCCACAAGCUGUUCGAUUCGCUCGGAAUAUUCGACUCCGGCUACGAGGUGGCGCGUUACCUCUACGCGACGUCGAACAUCAACCUCCCGAACUUCUUCUCGAAAUCGAGAUGGUCCAAGGUGUGGAGCAAGAACGCGAAUUGGAUGGGAUACGUGGCGGUUUCCGACGACGACGAAGCCACGCGCCGCCGUCUUGGACGUCGAGACAUCGCGAUCGCCUGGAGAGGGACCGUCACACAACUCGAGUGGAUAGCGGAUCUCAAGGAUUUCCUCAAACCGGUAUCCGCAAACGGAUUCCGGUGUCCUGACCCGGCUGUGAAAGCCGAAUCCGGGUUUCUGGAUCUCUACACGGACAAAGACACGUCCUGCAAUUUCUCGAAAUUCUCAGCUCGUGAGCAGGUUUUAACUGAAGUGAAGCGGCUGGUGGAACGACACGGCGACGAGGAAGAAGAUCUGAGCAUCACGGUGACGGGACACAGCCUCGGCGGUGCUUUGGCGGUACUAACCGCAUACGACGUGGCGGAAAUGGGUCUGAACAGGACGAGGAGAGGGAAGGUGGUACCGGUAACGGCGUUCACGUACGGAGGACCACGCGUGGGCAACAUUCGAUUCAAGGAGAGGAUGGAGGAGCUGGGGGUGAAGGUGUUGAGGGUGGUGAACGAGCACGACGUCGUCGCCAAAUCGCCGGGACUGUUUCUGAACGAGAGUGCGCCUCACGCGCUAAAGAAGCUGGCGGGAGGAUUGCCGUGGUGCUACUGCCACGUGGGGGAGAAGCUGCCGUUAGAUCACCAGAACUCGCCGUUCCUCAAGCCGUCCGUUGAUCUUUCUACCGCACAUAACUUGGAAGCUCUCCUCCAUCUCCUUGACGGGUACCAUGGGAAAGGUCAGAGAUUCGUGUUAUCUAGUGGGAGAGAUCCGGCGUUGGUGAACAAAGCAUCUGAUUUUUUAAAAGACCAUUUCAUGGUACCUCCCAAUUGGCGCCAAGACGCAAACAAAGGAAUGGUGAGGAACACUGAGGGCCGUUGGAUUCAACCAGACCGAAUCCGUGCAGAGGAUCAUCAUGCUCCUGACAUACACCAUCUUCUCACACAACUCCAUCAUCCCUCA